AUGGCAUCGUAUAAGUGGAUCACAAUUGGCAUUGUAACCUACUUGGUAUACGCAUGGACGAUUGUGUGUCCUCCAACAGCAAUACUAACACCAACCAAUGAAUUGAAACUAUCGCCCAUCAAUUUCCAUGUAUGUAAAGUGAGUGAUGGAUAUGUACGACCAUAUAUACAACCAGUGUAUGAUUCACAAAUCAAGCCCAAAUUAGAUGACUGGGAUAAUCAAUGGCAGAUUAGUCAUCGUGUUCAAAGUGCGAUGCAGACGUAUGAUUCAUUUGAUGAAAAGUAUGGUGUUAGAGCUGGAUUGAGUUUGGUUUUUGAUGCAUUGAAUAAAUUUUAUACUUGGUUUGAAACAUCUGUAUUGAUUCAUAUUCAACGUGGAUUAAAGUUGUCCUUGAUUAAGAUUUGGUAUUGGGUUAAUGUGGCACGAGUCAACAUUGGUUCCACUUUGAAUCCAAUUUGGGUUCAAUUGAGUCAAUUGAUGGACAAAUUUGCAUCUAUUCCAAUAGUGAAUCGUAUCUUGCAACAAAUCAAGGAUGUUUAUUGUCAAUUGAUUAAUUCGUCCCAUGCAACAAAGUUGCAUCAACGCAGUCUAUUUAUUCAAAAAGAGGUCAAGAAUUUGAUCAAAUUUGAUGAGUUUUCGCCUCGUGAGUUUAAAUCAAGUUUGAUUCAUGUGGUUCAAGACUUGUUGGGGCAAAAAUAUAAUGACGAUGAAGCAGAUUGGGAAGAUGUUAGUGACACCGAUGAUGAUGGUGGAGAAACUGUUGUUAUUACUUCAACUAUAUCAGUGUUGGAGAAUGGUGCAUUGGUUACUGAAGACUACGAACCAGAAUUGAUUGAGAUUUACCACGAGAUUGAAUAUUGGCAAACUAAAAUCAACAAGACUUUGCAUUUAGCUAAAGUCAAUCUUGAAUCUGAUUUACAACCCAUUUUGAACCAUCUGAUUGAAGAUUUAAAACCAUUGAUUAGUCAAGAGUUUCAAAAUUUACAACAAAUCAAUUAUAAACAAUAUAAGGAUAUCCAUGAUAAGAUUUCACAAAUUCAUAAAGAUGCUGAAAAAAUUCAAGCUACUAAUGAAACCAUUGGUGUCGAAACCGUUUCCCGACAAGAAAUUCGCGAUGAUAUUGCUGCAAGUUAUGAAUCAGCUAAAAACUGUUCUUUAAAAGUACAAGAACUUCUCUCAUCAACUCAUCAGCAGUUGUUAACUGACUAUUUCAAUCUAGUUCAAUCAACAAUUGACAUUUUGGAAUCAUUUGCCGAUUCAUCAAUCAACGAAUUCAAUUCCAAAUUAUCCUACUUGAUCCAACAACAAGAUUCAUAUUUAACUGAUGAGCAAAUUUGGCAAAUUUGGAAAAAAUUUCAUCAGUUGAAAGAUCAAUUUUUCCAAUUUAGAGAUGAAUUGUUAACCAAUGCCAAUCGAUACAAACAAGAUAAUAAAGCUUAUGCUAAUAGUGCCAUUGGCAUGAGUGUGUGGAAUGAGUAUUUGAAAAAUGUUGAGUUUCAUUUGAAUUUCUUACUUAGAGAUAAUGCUGAUUAUUUACAAUUGGUGCGUGCUAAGGCUAAUUUGGCUUUCCAAGCCAGAGAAGAGUUGAUUUAUGAAUUGACUGAUGGGAAAGUUGAUCUGUGGGAUCAGUAA